AUGGGAGAUGACGACAAGAAAAAGAAAGAAGAAGGCAAACAGGAUGAAGGCGAGGAUGAGCGACUGGAAUUUAUUCUUUCCUACCUCACGAAAUCGUACAGACUCAAACAGGAAAAGUGGAACAAAAUGAUAUCCUUAGAGGAAAAUAAAAAAAUGAUACUGAACUUCUUGAACAAUCCAAACGAAAAGAUGCUGAUUAUGACAAUACCAACAACUGGCCUGCUCACACCGAUGACGCAGUUUUCAGCAGCAAUUAAACAAAAGUACACUUAUUUCAUAAGGAGGGUGCCUCAGGCGGUGACUAUGCAGAACUUUAGGACCGUAUUAAGUUUCGGUGAUAUGGGUGGAAGACCGGUCGAAGAGCUGGCCGUUUUAAUGGAAGGUGUGUUUGUACCGCUUCUCUCCAAUCCUGGAAACCAAAGGGGCUGGCCAAAGGUUGUGGCUGAGGACGUCGUUUCUCACGUUAGAGAUUUUAAAAGCAAUGUAGAACAGAUUCGGGGUGCAAUGAAGAGCCAAACUAUACUUCCCAUGCCUCAAGGGAUGUCAGAGGUCUUUAUUGCUACUCAGUCCUUUUAUGCGUCACGUGGUGAGACGGUUAACUUAACCUUAAAGACAUCAUACGAAAACGCAGUAAUGAAAUGGUCAACUAUCAGUAAUGAAGUGUUGAAGCAGUCCUCUCUGAUAGCUUUUGCUAAUGGAGCUAAUCCAACACCUAGAAACGAAAUCGAAUUUUGGAACGCUAGGAACAAAAAUUUGGAGUCUAUUUAUGAUCAGCUCCUAGAUCCCCGGGUCAGGAAAAUGGGAGAAUAUCUGGAAAUCACAAACAGUGCGUACAAUACUACUUACAAAAAUAUGUUCAAGAACAUAGUGGCAGAUCUGUUUGAGGCUAGAGAUAUUUGUAUGUAUUUGAAGACCAUUUUACCUCACAUAUCUCGAUUCGAAGACAAUGAAUUUUUGGAAACUGAAAAUUACAUCAAGCCGUUGGUUCACUGCAUCGGGUUAUUAUGGGCCAAUUCGAAAUAUUAUUCAUCAAGUGACAAGAUAGUUAUUUUACUAAAAAUGAUAUCUAAUAUGUUAAUUGAAUCAGCUGAGAGGUCUCUAGAUCCCAGCAAUAUUUUUCAAGGGGAUCCGGAGGAAGUCCAUGCGAAAUUGGAACUAAGUAUAAAACUAAUUAACAUGUUCAUGGGGUCUUUUGAGUAUGUAAGAGAAAAUCUGUCGUCGUACUAUCAAACGCCACAGGAGGGCGAAGAAGAGGUAGUGCAGAAGCCUUGGACUUUCCACAGGAAGAAUGUCUUCCAAAGACUGAUGGAUUUUGCUGAAAGAUUAAGUUUGGUCAAAGAAAUACUGUCAACAUUGAUAGAGUUUAGCAAACUGGAAAAAGUUGAAUUAGGGGGCAUUAAAGGUCGAAAUUUGUCUCAGAAGUGUGUACAAAUAUUUGAGGAGUUCAAUAAAGCUUAUAAUGUAUUUAACAACAUACAAUAUGAAAUCUUAGAUACGACGGAUCCUAGCAUAAUUAAAGAUGCGUCCAUCUUCAACGAAAAAUGCGCUGAUUUCGAUAGAAGACUAGCAGCAGUGUUUGCGCAAGCCUACGAUGAUUGCUAUAAUUUGGAAAGCAUUUUUAAGUUUAUAAACGUACUUGGAACUUUAAUAAAUAGGCCUGCUAUAAGCAACGAAGUGACAAUCAAGUAUCAUCAAAUUAUUGAUAACUUCAAUUCCGAAUUGGAUAUAGUAAAAGAACUCUAUGACGACGGUAAAAAAAAUGGGGUGCCUUUGGACAAGUAUUAUCCAAAAGUUGCUGGCGAGUUAUUGUGGCUGUAUAAAUUAAGGACAAGAAUUUCUAAGCCUGCAGAGGACAUGAAGAUUUUAGAGAACGAAAUUGUGAAAUCCGAGGACGCGGAAAAUGUUUUCAUGAAAAUUGAACAAAUGGUUGGUAUUUUAGAUGAAGAACAAAAUAGAAUUUUAAACACAUGGUGUAACUACGCUCCUGAACAAAUAAAGGAAAGUAUGAGUAAAUUUCAAUUGGUUCGGAUAGAAGGCGGGGCACUGCUUCAACUUAAUUUUGAUGAAGAACUUAAAGCCAUACUCAGGGAAAUGAGGUACCUGACAUUGAUGGAAAUACAGGAUAUUCCAGUAGAAGCGUUAGAAUUAUAUACAAAAUCUGAAGAUUUAAAAGCUGCGUUGACCAAAUUUAACCGAGUCGUUGAAUGGUACAAUUACUUGAAAAGGUACACAACUCAGUUCGAAUUUGCUUUAAUUGAGGAAGAAAUGAAAGAAGUCGAUGAGAUGCUCAACCAAGUAACUGAAACGUAUACUUGGAACACUAACGAUCCAGAAAUUGUCGGAAAUAUUUUCGACAGAGUUAAACAAGUAACUGAUAGGGUAAAGAAGGCACAAACAAACAUAAAGAAUCUCUACAGCACCAUACAUGUUUGGGCUUUACAGCCACUGUUUGAGAGAAAAGAUGGCAAAAAGGAAAACCUUAUAUCUCUUGACGAUAGACAGGAGAGGAUUCAAAAAAGAUAUGAUCUUAUAACAGCCUGUUCGAACGAACUAAGAAGAAUUAUAGAGGAGAACUACCUCUUGUUUUUCAACGAACCAAUGAAAAAAUUACCGACAGAAGAGGAACUGGAAGCUGCAGCUGCUGCUGCUGCGGCUGCUGAAGCAGCAGCGGCAGAGGAAGCAGCUGCCCAACAGCAACUUAAAGGUGACAAGAAGGGGAGUAAAAAAGGAAAGAAAGAAGAGAAGGAGAAAGGUAAAAAAGGUAAAAAGAAAGAAGAAAAGGUUGUAGAAGAAAUUGUAAAAGUCGAGGAGCCACCUCCACCACCAGAGGAAGAAGACACGACUGCAGCUCGAAAUGCAGUAUGGAUUCCGUAUGUAAAGAAUCUUGAUGAUGAAAUUAAGGAGAUGGUAAUGGUCGCCAUUGACGUGAGUUUCUAUUUAUUUUUAAAAGAAACGGGAAAUAGUCCACCAGUAACGCCUUUCUUCGAGUUGCUCUUGGAGCUUCACGAACCCGACGUAGUGUUCGUGCCUUCGGCUGACAUAGAGGACCCUAUUAAUUUUCAUACGUAUGUUUCUGGCUUGCUGGACGACAUUUUCAACAUGGGAAACUAUAUGAUAAGGGUAAAUCCUGACGAAACAACAAGUUAUAGUCAGAUAGCUAAGGACGAAAUGGAUAUUCGACUUAAACAUGACGAGAUUUGUACGCGUAUUAUGAAUGCUAUGGAAAAAGCGCUAGCUUUUACGAAAGAAUUCGAUGAAUACAUUAUGCUCUGGGUGGAGGACAGGCAAGAGUUUUUGAGACAAUUUUUGACGUACAGUAGAUUGCUGACGCUUGAGGAAAUGGAGCAGUUAAAAGAUGAAAACGCUCCAGGUAUAAAGGAGUCGCCACCAACGGUAAAUCAGUUCAAGGAACAAAUUGACUAUUACGAAAACCUCUACAAGAAAGUCGAACAAAUACCACCCGAGCGUAUACUCAUGGACGGUUGGCUAAGGGUGGACGUAAAACCUCUGCGUCAAGCCAUACUUAAUAUUAUUUGCAAGUGGGGGAAUAUGUUUAAGCAACAUUUAUACAAUCGCGUAAUUGACAGUUUGGAAGGAUUGGAAAGUUUCAUAAAAGAAUCCAUAGCAGCUAUGCAGGUUCCUUUAGCGGAAGACGAUUAUGAUGGCCUUCUGAAGGUUAUGGGCUACUUAUUUAAAGUGAAGGAAAGGCAAGUCGAAACUGAUACGAUGUUUGAACCUCUGAAAGAAAUAAUGGAACUGCUCAAAGAUUAUGGAGUAGAAUUUCCCGAGGAAAUAUAUGUCCAAUUACAGGAAAUACCAGACAGAUGGGUUCAGUGCAAAAAGGUCUCUGCAACCACUAAACAAACCGUGGCUCCCCUCCAAGCCAUGCAAGUCAACGCGAUUAAGAGGCGGAUCAAUCUUUUCGAGAUCCGACAGUCAAUGUACCGGGACCAAUUCAAGAAAAUGCCGUUCUUCUUAUGGAGCUGUCCCAACGUUUAUAGCAAAUUGGACAAGACCAACAUGGAGAUUUCGGAGUUAGAAACGGAGUUGGCCAAGUUGCAGGAACAAUCGAACUUGUUCGAACUAGUUUUGCCCGACUUCAAACCGCUUAGGGCCGCUAGAAAAGAAAUCAAGCAGAUUAAGCAGCUCUGGGACUACGUCAACGUCGUGAGGUCUUGUAUGGACGAAUGGAAGACGACUCCGUGGAAGAAAAUCGACGUUGAGAACAUGGAGAUGGAGUGUAAGAAAUUCGGUAAGGAGAUCCGUCAGAUGGACAAGGAGCUGAAAGGUUGGGAUGUGUACAUUCAACUUGAGGCGUCGAUAAAGAAUAUGCUGACUUCACUUAGAGCCGUUACGGAGCUGCAGAAUCCUGCCAUCAGAGAGCGUCAUUGGACGCAGUUAAUGCAGGCUACGAAGGUGGACAAAAGACUGCCUCCGUAUUAUACAGUACGGUUUGUUAUGAGCGAUGACACGACCCUAAGCGAUUUAUUGGCUCUAAAUCUUCACGAGUACGAAGAGGAAGUUAAGAACAUAGUUGACAAAGCUGUGAAGGAGAUGGCCAUGGAGAAAGUAUUAAAGGAACUCAAUGCUACCUGGAGCGUCAUGGAGUUUCAGACUGAGUACCAUGAGAGGACCAAACUGAGACUGCUGGUAGUCACAGAAGAAGUUAUAGAGACUCUUGAAGAAAACCAGGUGGCGCUUCAGAACAUGAUGACGUCGAAGUUCAUAGAUUUCUUUUUGGAGCAAGUGUCGGACUGGCAGCGUAAGUUGUCCAAUGCUGAUCAGGUGAUACAUGUCUUCUUCGAUGUGCAGAGGAAAUGGAGCUAUUUGGAAAGCAUCUUCAUUGGAUCAGAAGACAUAAGAAAUCAGCUACCUGAAGACUCCAAACGCUUUGACAAGUUGGAUAAGGAGUUCAAAGACGUAUUAAAUGAGAUGCUGAAAACGCCUAAUAUAGUCCAAGCAACUAACAAAGCCGGACUGUAUGAUAAACUGGAUAACAUACUCAGGGAGCUUACUUUAUGUGAAAAGGCAUUGAACGAUUAUCUGGAUACGAAGAGGCUUGCCUUUCCCAGGUUUUAUUUCGUCUCAUCUGCGGAUUUGUUGGACAUAUUAUCUAAUGGAAAUCAACCUGAUCUGAUUCAGAGACAUUUGACAAAAUUAUUCGAUUCCCUGGCGAAGCUCAUCUUUAUUCAAGAGGGCGGUAAAAAUACGAAAAAGGCUAAAUCUAUGAUGUCUAAAGAGAAUGGUGAGAUCGUUCCUUUCUCUCAUAUUUGCGACUGCAGCGGAAAAGUUGAGAUAUGGCUGAAUAGAGUGAUUGAUGUAAAGCGAGAGACUCUUCAUCAACUUUUCGGUGAGGCUGUUAUAACUUAUGAUGAGAAGCCGCGAGAAGUGUGGAUUUACGAUUUUCCGGCCCAAACGGCGCUUUGUGGUACCCAGAUAUGGUGGACGACCGAAGUAAACAUGGCUUUCGCGCGACUGGAAGAGGGCUAUGAAAACGCUUUAAAGGAUUACCAAAGGAAACAGAUCAACCAGUUGAACGCCCUUAUAAAUAUGCUGCUGGGCGACCUAACGCCAGGCGAACGGCAAAAGAUUAUGACUAUUUGCACCAUCGACGUACACUCCAGGGACGUGGUGGCUAAGAUGAUCUUAAUGAAAGUGGAAAACUCCCAGGCCUUCCAGUGGCAGAGCCAGCUGAGACACAGGUGGGAUGACAAGAAGAAGGACUGCUUCGCUAAUAUUUGCGACGCUGAGUUCAGGUACUCGUAUGAGUACCUAGGUAACACUCCGCGAUUGGUUAUUACCCCGCUAACGGAUAGAUGCUAUAUUACCCUCACUCAGAGUCUCCAUCUGAUUAUGGGUGGAGCACCAGCCGGGCCCGCUGGCACCGGUAAGACGGAGACCACCAAGGAUCUCGGAAAAGCGCUCGGGAUGAUGGUCUACGUAUUCAACUGCUCGGAACAGAUGGAUUACAAAUCCAUUGGUAACAUUUAUAAAGGAUUGGCCCAGACGGGCUGUUGGGGUUGCUUCGAUGAAUUCAACAGGAUCUCUAUCGAGGUGUUGUCCGUUGUAGCUGUGCAAGUUAAAGUGAUACAGGACGCUAUAAAGGAUAAGAAGAAGAGGUUUCAGUUCUUGGGCCAAGAAAUUGGGCUAGUACCUACGGUUGGCCUGUUCAUUACAAUGAAUCCGGGAUACGCCGGUAGAACUGAAUUGCCAGAAAACCUCAAGGCCUUAUUCAGGCCGUGUGCCAUGGUCGUCCCAGAUUUCGCCUUGAUUUGCGAAAUCAUGUUGGUUGCCGAAGGUUUCUUGGAAGCCAGGCUGCUGGCAAGAAAAUUCAUAACCCUGUACACGCUGUGCAAGGAACUGUUGUCCAAACAGGAUCACUAUGAUUGGGGCUUGAGGGCCAUAAAAUCCGUGUUGGUGGUGGCAGGAUCUUUGAAGCGCAGCGACAGAUUGCGGCCCGAGGACCAAGUGUUGAUGAGAGCGCUGAGAGACUUCAAUAUACCCAAGAUUGUAACUGAUGAUGUACCGAUAUUCAUGGGACUAAUAGGUGAUUUAUUCCCUGCUCUGGAUGUACCCCGUAAACGUGAUUUGGAAUUCGAGAAAAUGAUUAGGACCACGACUGCCGAUCUGAAGCUACAACCAGAAGAAGGAUUUAUUCUGAAAGUGGUCCAGUUGGAAGAACUGUUCGCUGUGAGGCAUUCAGUGUUUAUUAUCGGAAAUGCAGGCACCGGAAAGUCGAUGGUAUGGAAAACACUGAACAGAACUUAUGCAAAUCAAAAACGUAAGCCGUUUUAUAACGAUUUAAAUCCUAAGGCUGUAACAAACGACGAACUGUUUGGAAUAAUUAAUCCAGCCACAAGGGAGUGGAAAGAUGGUUUAUUUUCAGUAAUUAUGAGAGAACAGGCCAAUUUAACAGGGGACGGUCCAAAAUGGAUUGUUUUAGAUGGUGACAUCGAUCCCAUGUGGAUUGAAUCUUUGAAUACAUUAAUGGAUGACAAUAAAGUAUUGACUCUGGCCAGUAACGAACGUAUAGCUUUAACGGCUUCGAUGAGGUUAUUGUUUGAAAUAGCCAAUUUGAGAACAGCUACGCCGGCGACCGUUUCCAGAGCUGGGAUUUUAUACAUCAAUCCGGCCGACUUGGGUUGGAAUCCGUUCAUAGCAUCGUGGAUAGACACCAGGACGUUGCAGAGCGAGAAGGCCAACCUGAUGAUACUCUUCGACAAGUACGUUCCCCCCUGCCUCGAUGCGUUGCGCACUAAAUUUAAGAAAAUAACUCCUAUAUCAGACAUUGCACAUUUACAAAUGUUGUGCUGUCUCUUAGACUGUUUUCUGACACCACAGAAUGUACCUCCGGAUUGCCCAAAGGAAUGGUACGAGAUAUACUUUGUAUUUUCCACGGUGUGGGCUUUCGGAUCUGCUCUAUUUCAAGAUCAAAUCAUCGACUGGAGAAACGAAUUCAGCAAGUGGUUCACUAACGAAUUUAAAACAGUAAAAUUUCCCAUUGGAGGAAAUGUCUUUACUUAUUAUAUCGAAGAGGAGAGCAAAAGAUUUUUACCAUGGACAGAUUUAGUGGCCGACUUCGAAUUAGACUCUGAUAUACCUCUGCAAGCCACUUUGGUCAAUACUGCUGAAACAACUAGGAUUCGUUUCUUUCUCGAUCACUUGGUAUCGAAAAAAGCUCCCGUGAUGUUAGUAGGCGCAGCUGGUAGUGGCAAGACAGUAAUCGUUGCGGAUAAACUGAACGCACUACCUGACAGCUAUUUGAUUACUAAUGUGCCAUUUAAUUUCUAUACAACUUCCGAAAUGCUGCAAAGGAUAUUAGAGAAACCGUUGGAGAAAAAAGCGGGGCGCGUGUACGGACCCCCUGGUAGUAAAACAAUGAUUUACUUCAUAGACGACAUGAACAUGCCCGAAGUCGAUAAGUAUUUUACCGUCCAACCUCAUACACUUUUGAGGCAGUACAUGGAUUACCAGCACUGGUACGACAGGCAAAAAUUGGCCCUCAAAGAUAUCCACAACGUGCAGUUUGUGUCAUGCAUGAAUCCAACUGCGGGUUCCUUCACAAUAAAUCCUAGACUUCAAAGACAUUUUAGUGUUUUCGCCGUAAGCUUUCCUUCCCAAGAAGCCUCGUAUCAUAUUUAUAACUCGAUAUAUCAACAACAUCUGACCGAUCCACUGAAGAAAUUUAAUUCCAACGUUAUUAAGGUAUGUCCGAACAUUGUACAAGCAGCUUUGGCAUUACAUCAAAAAGUCGCCACUACUUUUCUACCAACAGCUGUCAAGUUUCAUUAUACUUUUACUCUGAGAGACAUGUCGAAUAUAUUCCAAGGAAUGUUAUUUGCUACUGGUGAUGCUGUUACCAAUCAAACAAGUUUCAUUAGACUGUGGAUGCACGAGGCCAGCAGGGUGUAUGGGGAUAAACUUGUUGAACGCAAAGAUAUCGAUUCAUUCAACAAACUAGUGAUUGAAUCAGUCAAGAAAAGUUUCGAGGAAAUUGACGACAAUGAUGUGUUCGAGAAGCCUUUAAUAUUUUGUCAUUUCGCUGAGGGUAUAGGAGAUCCAAAAUAUUUUCCGAUUCGCGACUUUGUCCACCUAAGUCGUUUACUGAAUGAUGCAUUAGGGGGUUACAACGACUUAGUGGCUGCUAUGAAUCUAGUGUUAUUUGAAGAUGCAAUGUACCACAUUUGUCGUAUAAAUCGUAUAAUGGAGGCCCCAAGAGGUAACGCGCUGUUGGUAGGAGUAGGAGGCUCGGGUAAACAGUCUCUUACAAGACUAGCUGCGUUUAUAUCGUCAUUCGAAGUUUUUCAAAUUCAACUGAAAAAAGGAUAUUCAAUGAACGACAUGAAAGCGGAUAUUGGCAAACUGUAUCUGAAAUCUGGCUUAAAAAGUAUCGGCACCGUUUUCUUGAUGACCGAUGCUCAAGUACCCGAAGAGUCAUACUUGGUCCUUAUAAACGAUUUACUUGCUUCUGGAGAAAUUAGCGAAUUAUUACCCGACGAGGAUGUUGAAAACGUAAUAAACGCUGUAAGGGGGGAAGUCAAGAGUACUGGACAGGAGGACAGCCGUGAAAAUUGUUGGAAAUUCUUUAUAGACCGUGUGAGGAGAUUGCUGAAAGUGGUUCUUUGUUUUUCUCCUGUUGGUUCUACACUUAGGGUGAGGGCCAGAAAGUUUCCAGCAUUAGUAAAUUCAACUUCUAUUAAUUGGUUUCACGAAUGGCCUCAAGAAGCUCUAAAGUCAGUAUCUAAAAGAUUUUUGUCAGAGAUCGAGGUAUUGCCACCAAAACUGGUGGCAACUGUGUCAGAUUUUAUGUCUUAUGUUCAUUCCACAGUUAACGAUAUGUCCCAAGUUUAUUUGGUGAAUGAGAAACGUUAUAACUAUACUACACCUAAAUCAUUUUUGGAGCAAAUCGAUUUAUAUUCGAAAUUAUUAUCAGAAAAAACUGCUGAUGUGAAAAACAACAUAGUACGUCUUGAGAAUGGUUUAACUAAGCUAGCGUCUACAUCAGAAGAAGUAGAUGGAUUGAAAGAUAUAUUAGCCGUACAAGAAGUGGAAUUAAAGGAAAAGAACGAGGCUGCUGGUAGGUUAAUCGCUGUGUUAUCGGCAGAAAAUGAAAAAGUUGCAAAGGAACAACAAAUAGCAAGUGAGGAAGAAGCAAAGGUUAAAGUAAUAGAAGAAGAUGUAUCCGUGAAAGCAAAGAUAUGUCAAGAAGACUUGUUAAAGGCCGAACCAGCUUUAGUUGCAGCACAAGCUGCACUUAACACACUGAAUAAAAAUAAUUUAACUGAACUUAAAUCGUUUGCUACGCCUCCAGAAGCAGUUGUUGCUGUAUGUGGUGCUGUUAUGGUCUUAUUCUCCAAGAAGGGGAAGAUUCCUAAAGACAGAAGUUGGAAGGAAUGUAAACUUAUGAUGGCCAAGGUUGACCAAUUUCUUAACGACCUUAUAAAUUAUGAUAAAGAUAAUAUGGCGCCCGAAAUUGUUAAAGCAACUCAAGAAUAUUUAAAGCUUCCAGAUUUUAGCCCUGAAAAAAUAUUUUCAAAAUCCAUUGCUGCUGCUGGCUUAUGCUCUUGGGUAACUAACAUACUAAAAUAUUAUGAUGUUUUCGUUGUUGUGGAACCUAAACGAAGAGCGUUAGCUCAAGCUAAUAAAGAUUUAAAUGAUGCUCGAAGUAAACUUGCAGAACUUAAUGAGAAGCUGCAGGAGUUGGAAAAACAGUUAGGAGUGUUACGGGCGGAAUUUGAAGAAGCAACAAACGCGAAAUUGAAAUGUCAAGCAGAAGCAGAUGCUACAACUCAAAUGAUAGAUUUGGCAAACCGCCUGGUGAACGGAUUAGCAUCUGAAAAUAUACGUUGGAGGGAACUGGUAAAACAGUAUAAGCAAUCAAUCGUUACGAUGCCAGGUGAUGUUUUACUGGUAACUGCAUUUAUUUCCUAUGUCGGAUGUUUCUCUAGACAAUACCGUCUAGAUCUUUUCAAGAAAUACUGGCUGCCUUACUUAAAAACUUUGUCUACUCCUAUACCAAUGACCGAGGGUUUGGAUCCUUUAUCUCUUUUAACGGAUGAUGCAAAAAUCGCUCAAUGGAAUAAUGAAAGCUUACCAAAUGAUAGAAUGUCCACUGAAAAUGCUUGCAUCCUUACAAACUCCUCUCGUUGGCCAUUAAUGAUUGAUCCUCAGCUACAGGGCGUGAAAUGGAUAAAAACUAAAUACGGUGAAAAUCUUGUAGUUGUGAGGUUGACCCAAAGGACAUAUCUGGAUAAGAUAGAAACUUGUAUAUCUAAUGGGUCUGUCAUUUUGCUCGAAAAUAUCGGGGAAACGUUAGAUGCUGUGCUAGACUCUAUUCUGGGAAGGGUUCUCAUUAAAAAAGGAAGGGCGAUAAAAAUUGGAGAUAAAGAAGUUGACUACAAUCCUAAAUUCAAAAUGAUUCUUCAUACAAAACUAGCUAAUCCACAUUACAAGCCAGAAAUUCAGGCACAAACAACUUUAAUUAAUUUCACCGUAACUAGAGACGGUUUAGAAGAACAGUUAUUGGCCGAGGUCGUAAAAGCCGAAAGGCCUGAUUUAGAAACAUUAAAGUCGUCUUUAACAAAACAACAAAAUGAUUUCAAAAUCACUCUAAAGAAUUGUGAGGAUAAUUUAUUGUACAAGUUAUCUUCGGCAACAGGUAACAUAUUAGGAGACGUAGAACUCGUGCUGAAUUUGGAAACAACAAAGAAAACUGCUACGGAAAUAGCCGUUAAAGUUGAAGAAGCUAAAGUAACGUCAGUGAAAAUAGAUGAAGCUAGAGAACAAUAUCGUCCCUGUGCUGCUCGAGCUUCUCUCUUGUAUUUCAUUUUAAAUGAUUUGAAUCGCAUAAACGCUAUUUACCAGUUUUCCCUGAAAGCUUUUAGUGUUGUAUUUAAGGACGCCUUGGCCAGGGCAGAAGCGGCGGAGAAACUCAAAGACAGGGUAGUUAAUUUAUUAGAUAGUAUUACGUUUUCUGUUUUUAUGUAUACAUCCAGAGGACUAUUCGAACGGGACAAAUUAAUAUUUACUGCCCAGAUGGCAUUUCAAAUAUUAUUGCAAUUAAACGAAAUCAUUCCCGAAGAACUCGAUUUCUUGUUAAGAUUUCCAUCUAUGCCGAACCUUAUUUCCCCUGUAGAUUUCUUGAACAGUGUUUGCUGGGGAGGUAUUAAAUCGCUGUCCCUUUUGGAUGCAUUUAAAAGUCUGGACAAGGACUUGGAAGGAUCAGCGAAAAGAUGGAGAAAAUUUGUCGACAGUGAGUGUCCCGAAAAAGAGAAGUUACCAGGAGAAUGGAAAAACAAAACUAGUUUACAAAGACUUUGCAUCAUGCGAUGUUUGAGACCAGACAGAAUGACUUAUGCAGCUAGUGUAUUUAUAGAGGAAAAGAUGGGUGUUAAAUAUGUCACCUCCAGGACAGUGGAGUUUGAAAAGUCUUACGAAGAGACGAGCGCGUCUACUCCUACAUUUUUCAUUUUGUCACCUGGAGUCAACCCACUGAAAGACGUUGAAAAGCUUGGUAAAAAAUUAGGAUUUAUGUUUGAUAAGGGGAAUUUCCACAGCGUUUCUCUUGGACAAGGUCAGGAGAUUGUGGCGGAAAAUGCCAUGGAUCUAGCAUCCAAUGAAGGCCAUUGGGUUAUUCUGCAAAAUAUACAUCUAGUCCAAAAGUGGUUAGCUACUCUUGAAAAGAAGAUGGAACAAUGUGCAGACAGAGGGCAUGUGAAUUAUAGGCUGUAUUUGAGUGCAGAACCGUCGGCAGAUCCUCAGGAGUGUGUGAUUCCACAGGGAAUAUUGGAGUCCUCCAUAAAAAUUACAAAUGAACCACCUACGGGAAUGUACGCAAAUCUUCAUAAGGCCCUCGAUAAUUUUAAUCAGGAAACACUAGAAAUGAGUUCGAAGGAAGCCGAGUUCAAGGCCAUCUUAUUCGCACUGUGUUACUUCCACGCCGUCGUGGCAGAGAGAAGGAAGUUUGGACCUCAGGGAUGGAACAGAAAUUACCCAUUUAAUGUAGGGGACUUAACUAUCAGCAUUAGUGUGUUGUACAAUUAUUUGGAGAGCAAUAACAAGGUUCCCUGGGAAGAUUUACGGUAUCUUUUCGGUGAGAUAAUGUAUGGGGGGCACAUAACCGACGAUUGGGAUAGACGAUUAUGCCGCAGCUACCUCUUGACUUACAUGCAGCCAGAAUUGGUGGAGGGCGAGUUACAGUUCGCACCAGGGUUCUUUGCACCUCCCAAUACCGACUACGUCGGCUACCAUCGUUACAUUGAUGACAGAUUGCCCUCGGAAAGUCCGAAUCUUUACGGUUUGCAUCCCAACGCGGAAAUUGGAUUCUUGGCCUAUACUUCCGAGGUAAUGUUUAGGACGAUCUUUGAGAUGCAACCGAGGGAUGCUGGAGCUGCUGCAGGAGGGGGCAUGUCUAGAGAAGACAAGGUUAAAAGUGCUUUAGAGGACAUUAUGGAUAAGCUUCCAGAGAGGUUUCCUGUUGCUGAAAUGAUUGCAAAGGUCGAAGACAAGACGCCGUACAUCAUUGUGGCUUUCCAAGAAUGCGAAAGGAUGAACAAUCUCACAUCAGAAAUGAAGCGUUCUCUACAUGAACUUGAUCUAGGUUUAAAAGGUGAACUUACCAUAACGUCUGACAUGGAGACCUUGGAGCAGGCCAUAUUUAUGGAUCAGGUUCCUGACGCCUGGGCCGCUAAAGCCUACCCCAGUUUACUUCCUUUAGGACAGUGGGUGGGCGAUCUAACCUUGAGAAUAAAGGAACUCGACGGAUGGGUGUCUGAUUUCUCUAUGCCGUCGACGGUUUGGUUGGGUGGGUUCUUCAAUCCCCAGUCGUUUCUGACGGCCAUCAUGCAGCAGACCGCUAGGAAGAACGAGUGGCCCCUGGAUAAGAUGUGUCUUAUGACUGACGUUACCAAGAAGCAGAAGGAAGAGUUCAAUUCGGCACCCAGGGAAGGUGCCUAUGUCCAUGGACUGUUCAUGGAAGGUGCUAGAUGGGAUCCCCAACUCAACAGUAUUGCAGAUUCAAAACUGAAGGAGCUGUUCCCAGUAGUUCCCGUUAUAUUUAUAAAGGCCAUUACGCAAGAUAAACAGGAUCUACGAAAUAUGUACGAUUGUCCGGUGUACAAAACACGAAUGCGAGGUCCCACAUUUGUCUGGACUUUUAAUUUGAAGACCAAGGAGAAUCCUCUGAAGUGGACCUUAGCAGGAGUGGCGAUAUUAUUGCAAAUAUAA